AUGGAGCACCUUCCUGUGGAAAUCAUCGACGGCAUAUUUUCUCGUCUCGGAAGUGCUCGAGAUGUUGCUGCUGCAUCUGCAACUUGCCGAAAAUGGAGAGAAGCCUACAUCAAGCAACUUCCUGUGGAAGUCAUUGGCAACAUACUUUCUCGUCUCGAAAGUGCUCGAGUUGCAGUUCUUGUAUCUGCAACUUGCCGAAAAUGGAGAGAAGCCUACAUCAAGCACCUCCAUACACUUUCCUUCAAUUCUAAUGAUUGGCCCUGCAGUAUCAACCCUAGGCAGCUAGAGACCAUUAUGAUAAAGGUCAUAUUCGGAGCAAAGGGAUUGCAGCAUCUUUCAAUUCAUCUGGACACAUUUCAUGAAUUUCUAGAUGGCCCAAUCAUUGCUUGUCUUUUGCACACCAGUGGAACCUUGCUGAGUUUAUCCUACAAUGCACUCACAACUCCAGCCGUCAAUGUUUUAGAUAAAUGUGGUCAAGAGAAGCUGGAGGUUCUGGUUCUGGAUUAUAAAUCUCUUACAGAAAUCAAACCAAGUUACAAAAUAUUUACUUGUCUUAUAGCCCUCUCUUUAAGACAUGUUAAGAUCUCUGCUUUUGAUCUGACUCGCUUAUUAGGUGCCUGCCCGAGAAUAGAGUCCUUGACUCUUGACGCUAUGGAAAUUGUAACUUCAGAUUCUCAUUCUCCAAUGGAGCUAAGUAGUACUACUUUGAAGUUUUUACUUCUAAAGUCAAUAGUAGUGGACAAAAUAGUUUUGGAGGCCGAUAAUCUUGAGAGUUUGCAUUUAAAUGACCUAAACCUUGAUUCUUUUGAGCUAAUUGGUAAAAGCAAUCUUGAACAUCUGAAGAUCCAUGAUGUUAUUGUUUCUUAUUUGAAUAUCGGUGAAUACUUGGGCCAUUUGAAGAUUGUUGAUGUGAGUAACGUUACGAUAAUGGUUCUCCAAUUUUAUCAUAUGAUCUCCCGAGCAUCUAAAUUAAGAACAUUGAGGCUACGGGGAGUGGUGUUUGAAGAUGAGGACGAGAUGAUUAAUUCUGAAUUUAUUAUUGUUUCGUUCCCAGAACUUAAACAUAUAGCGUUAAGCUAUGAAAGUAGCAAUGAGCUACUCUAUAAUUGGCUGAAAAGCUCGUCAAUGUUGGAGAACGUUGAUGUAUUAGAACUGAGAUUCACUGUUAUAAGUGAGAAUUUUGGGCAGUGGAUUUCUGGAAUGAUUGAGAAAUCUCCAAAUCUGAAGAAAUUAGUCAUCCAUGAUACACUUUCGAAGACGAGAAUCCCUGAAGAACAUCAAAUGUUGGCUAAUAUUAACUUAUUUAUAGUUUCUCUCAUGAGCAAGUAUAUUCACAUUGACUUGCAAUUUGUGUAUGACUGA